AUGAAAAUCAGUGCAAUCUAUGUGCUUACUGGACUGAUAGUUGCUAUGAGUGCAACUCCGAUUGAUCCAGCAGUUCGUGAUUUAUUUAGUGAUGAGCCACAAAGAAACAUGUAUCAAGAUCAAGCUGCGUAUCAAGGUGAUGUAGUACUUGAUCCACCAGAAUUUGACGAGUCUCCAGAUCAACAGUCAAAUGAUAUCGAGGCAGUGCGUGAUGCUUCUCAAGAAGAUGGUGAUUUACCGUAUUCAAUAGCAGAUGGUCAAUCUAAACCAAUCAGACAAACAAAAGUUCCAUACACUCGGUUGGCUCAGUCCACAUCUAGACAAGCAAGUAUUCGCUCUCAAGUCGAGGCAGAUGAUCAGGCAUGCAAACAAACAACCCAAUAUCUUUCUAUUCUAGAUAAAAAUCUGGGAAUUUUUUUGGAAAUAUGGGAUUUAUUUCAAGAGAAACGCAAAGAGGCUUAUCAGGAAGGUCCUGGUGAGCAUCGUAAUCGUGCGGUACUGGAAAAAUACAAACUAGGCAUUACACUGCGUAAAGCUGGAGAAUGUUACAAACAAGUGGCUUAUGAAUCACGUAGGCGCAAGUGUGCUAACAAGGCAGUUGGAUAG